AUGGACACCAGCAGCACAUCCCUUUCUAAAGACGAGGCUGACCGAUACAGAGACCCCGGACUACCCAAACGACCAUCGACAACUAGCCCCAGCGAAACGACAGCAACCAUCGGAUACCGUCGUUACAGCAUGGGCGAAAGCGGGAACGGAAGUGGGAGUGAUACUACAGCCUUGCAAUCGAACCAACACAUCAAGAGAACUAAUAGCUUUGGCAAGAACAGACGAUCCUCAGACUCUGGAAACCAACCAAAAGUAUCAGGCUUCGACCCUGACCGUCUCUUGCAAGAAGAGAGCGAAGGAGACCACGACUUUAGCUAUGACCCUCACCAAGACCGUGACUCGAACACGGUCCCACUAGUCCCCUACGUGCCCAAGAAAAAGCGUCACUCGGGCGAACACUCCAAACACAGAUCAACACAGCCGCAACGACAAGGCGAAUACGGUCGAAUCUCGAACGAUUCUUUCCAUUCGGGCUACUCACAGGACCACGGCGGGAGCGACGAGGAUGAGGAUGAUCUGAACUUUGGCCAGGAGGAAGAAGGCGUCGGGAUGAUGACUGGAACCCGGUCAAACCGCAGCGGCAUUGGCAACCACGGGCGCGACUAUGAAGGGUCGGACGCCAAGCUUCCCGACCACGGUGGCAGUCUCUUUGACAGUUUCUUGAACAUGGCCAACAGUAUUAUUGGAGCAGGAAUCAUUGGGCUGCCAUUCGCAUUCCAGGAAGCUGGUCUGGGAAUGGGUAUCAUUUUACUUUGCGCCCUAACAUGGAUUGUCGACUGGACGGUCGGGUUGCUGGUCCACAGUGGAAAACUCUCUGGAAGAACGACCUACCAGGACCUCCUGGAGUUUUGCUUUGGCAAGACUGGCCUUAUUAUGAUCUCCAUCUUUCAGUUCAUUUUCGCCUUUGGAGCAAUGUGUGCCUAUACCGUCAUUGUCGGUGAUACCCUGCCUCAUGUACUCCAAGCGCUUGUUCCAGGAAUCGAGGAUUGGCCUGUUCUCGGAUUUUUGGCCAGGCGUAGCUUUGUCAUUAUCUUUUGCACCAUUUUGAUCUCUUUCCCCUUGUCGCUCUAUCGGGAUAUCUCCAAACUGGCCAAGACGAGUGCGGUCGCUAUGGUGGCGCUGGUCGUCAUCAUUAUUGCUGUCCUCAUUGAGGGACCCCGGGCACCCAUGGAGAUGCGAGGAGACCCUGACGCAGUGUGGUCGUUUGCUCGCCCAGAGGUGUUCCAGUCCAUUGGAGUCAUCAGUUUCGGUGAGUCCUUGGGUUUUGACGUAGUACUUCAGCUUGGUGGUGCGUCAGGUGGCAAGACUUUCAACUAA